AUGACUGUCACACCCGCCCCCGUCGAAGGUUUGAAGACUCGCGUCGACCCAGGACGCAGCCGUCUCGACGGCCCAAUGGCCUACCAGGGCUCGCUCGACGGCUACAGCCAAUUUGAAGUUACGCCCGCCGUUGGCCGCGAGUUUGGCGCCGACCUGCAGCUCUCGGACCUCAUCAACUCGCCCGAUUCCGAUGCUCUCAUUGCAGACCUCGCCGUGCUGGUCUCGCGCCGCGGAGUCUGUUUCUUCAGGGGCCAGGACAUCGACCCGGAGCAGAUGAUGGUGCUCGCAAAACGCAUCGGCGAGCUGUCUGGCCGUCCGAGCGCCUCCAACAUGUGCAUCCACCCCGUGAGCGACGUUACGCCCGAGCUCGUGAACACGCCCAAGACACAGCUCAUCUCUGCCGAGAGGCAGAACAAGGGUGGAGGUAUCCGCCGCAUCCACGAUGACCUGAGCCGCUGGGCCUCGGUCGCGUGGCACUCGGACGUGUCGUUCGAGAAUGUCCCUUCAGACUAUUCGAUGCUCAAAGUCAACGUUCUUCCGGAGGCUGGCGGCGACACUCUUUGGGUCAGCGGCUACGACGUUCUCGACCGCAUAAGCCCCAACUUCCUUUCGUACCUUGAGACCCUCACUGCGGAGCACAACGCAGAGUUUUUCCACCAGGAAGCCGCCAACCUUGGCAUUACUGUCCGAGACGACAUCGAGCGCGGCAAUCCCCUCAACAAGGGCCGCUACUUGGCCGCCCACCACCCGGCACUCUUUGUCAACCGGGGCUUCACCAAGCGCAUCGACGACGUAUCCAAGGACGAGUCUGACAUGAUCCUCAACUAUCUCAACCAGAUCAUGAUCCACAACAUCGACGUCCAGUGCCGAUUCCGCUGGGAGAAGGGCUCUGUGGCUCUCUGGGACAACCGCGAGGAGCGCAGUGGCGACCGUGCAAGCUCAAUCGGCGAGAGGCCUUACUUUGACGCUGCCAGCAAGCUGAAGUCUGAGGCGCUGAAGGAGGAAGGGAACAAGUGGUAG